AUGUCAGACCUCAAACACCUGGUAGAAAAUAAAGAAUACCAAAAGAUUUUGGAAUUGGAGGGCGACCAGUACGAUAGAUUCAAAGUUACGUGCCUGAUACACCUUGAAAAGUACCGUGAAGCGCUGAUUUUGAUUAAAAAGAUGGAAAAGCGGCAGGCAACACCGCAAGACGAGAUGGGGGACAGGAUGAGCAAGAUGCAGAUCGGAAUGGGUACAAAUGAGGACACGAGGUACGAAAAGGCGUACGCACUAUACAAGUUAAGGAAGUACAAGAAGAGUCUCUCGGUUCUCAAGCGAAUGGAGAGCUCAGAGCGGGUAAACGUUCUGCUGUCACAGAUUUAUUAUUUCCUUCGCUCGUACAGAAAGGCGUACAAUACGCUCUCGCAGUGUAAAUAUGAGAAAGAGAGGGACGUAAAUUUAUGUGCAAUGGACUCGCUGAGCAGAAUAUCGUUUAGAAGGAAGGAGGAUGAUGCGCAGAUACAUCGUGUAGAGUUACGGCCUGGGCAUUUAGCGGGCCAAAUGGCGUAUAACAGCAGCUUUGAGGACUAUCGCUUUUAUGAUCCAGACAGUUAUGUGCACAAGUACAAAAACAUGUCGAACGGAUACAUUCAGGAACAAAUCGCUAAUCUUAUAGGAUGCGUGGAUGUGGACAAAUUGUCAAAAAGGAAGAGAGAAAUUGCGGAGUAUAACGCAAACAACGAUGCUAAUUUUAAGAAACAUCUGCUGCACAGGAACAGGGAAAUUUUCAGGAAAUUGCUGCUAUGCAGCGAUAGAAAUGUUUUGACCAGCGCUUAUGUUGAGGAUGUGCACUUAAUGAGGUUUCUGAAAUAUGUGCAGAUGGGCAUCAACGAGCGGGUCAGCGAGGAGGAGCUUAAUUCUGUGAAAAAAAUGGCUGGGAUGAGUGCAGAACGCGAUAAUUAAAUUUUGGCUAUGAAUUUUUCAAAGUUGACCGUGUUGCGAGG